CCUCAAUCCAAAUAACAUCAAUUUAAUAAUCCGAACAAUUUAAAUCCAAGCAUUGCUAGUCAUAAUUCUCGUUAAAUAGGGUCUCAAACCCCUAAACAGUAAACAGAUCCGAUUUCGGGAUUCCACAUUUCUCAACAGUUCUCGCAUACCGCUACUGCUGCUUUCAGUGGGCGGGUUCUCGGUUGCCACCUUCCAUCUUCCACUACCGGGAGACGAACAACAAUCCCAAAAAACAACGAUUCCCGGAUCUUAAUCCUAAAUCCAUAGCUCCUCCUCCUACUGAAACCAGCCAUGGCUUUCGAGAAGAUCAAGGUCACAAACCCCAUCGUCGAGAUGGACGGAGAUGAAAUGACUCGAAUUAUCUGGAAGUCAAUUAAGGAUAAGCUUAUUCUUCCCUUUGUGGAAUUGGACAUUAAGUACUUUGACCUUGGCCUUCCACAUCGUGAUGCAACUGAUGAUAAGGUUACAGUCGAGAGUGCCGAGGCUACUCUCAAGUAUAAUGUUGCAAUCAAGUGUGCAACUAUUACACCAGACGAAGAUCGAGUCAAGGAAUACAGUUUGAAAAGCAUGUGGAGGAGCCCAAAUGGGACAAUCAGGAACAUUUUGAAUGGUACUGUAUUCAGAGAACCAAUUAUAUGUAAAAACGUCCCUCGGCUAAUUCCAGGUUGGACUAAGCCUAUCUGCAUUGGUAGGCAUGCUUUUGGUGAUCAAUACAGAGCAACAGAUUCUGUUAUUAAGGGGCCUGGCAAACUCAAAUUGGUGUUUGUUCCAGAAGGCGAAGGUGAGAAUCAAGAUAUAGAAGUCUACAAUUUCACAGGUGCUGGUGGGGUAGCUUUGUCCAUGUACAACACUGAUGAGUCAAUCCGUGCAUUUGCUGAGGCUUCUAUGACCACUGCUUAUGAGAAGAAGUGGCCGCUUUAUCUUAGCACAAAAAACACAAUUCUCAAGAAGUAUGAUGGAAGAUUCAAGGACAUAUUCCAAGAAGUAUAUGAAGCCAGCUGGAAGACCAAGUAUGAGGCUGCGGGUAUAUGGUAUGAACAUCGGCUCAUUGAUGAUAUGGUAGCCUAUGCCCUUAAGAGUGAAGGGGGCUAUGUAUGGGCUUGCAAGAAUUAUGAUGGAGAUGUGCAGAGCGAUAUGUUAGCCCAAGGUUUUGGAUCUCUUGGAUUGAUGACUUCGGUACUGGUACGUCAACAUUCUUGAUCAGGUGUGCCCAGAUGGGAAGACUAUAGAGGCAGAGGCAGCACAUGGUACAGUCACUCGCCAUUACAGGGUUCACCAGAAAGGUGGUGAAACCAGCACAAACAGCAUUGCAUCCAUCUUUGCUUGGACAAGAGGACUUGCACACAGGGCAAAGUUGGACGACAAUGCUCAACUCUUGGAUUUCACCCAGAAGCUGGAGGCAGCAUGCAUCGGCGCAGUAGAGUCGGGCAAGAUGACCAAAGAUCUUGCACUGAUCAUUCAUGGAUCCAAGUUGAGCAGGGACACCUACCUUAACACGGAGGAGUUCAUCGAUGCUGUUGCUGCUGAGUUGAAGGCUAAGCUCUCUGCAUGAUCUUGAAUGCCAAUUGCAGGAGAUUUGCUUAAACAAAUAAAGGGUAUGGGAGAUCAGUUGGACUUGCGAUCUGGGUUAGGUUUUUUUCCAUUUGAGUUACUAAAGGUUGAAUGUCUUUUUAGCGUUAACAUACACAACCCACUGCUCAUUCUGUUGUUUUUCUUUCCUGCUUGGUGGAUGGAUUCAUCCAAUUUCAGAGGUUAAUGGGUAGUUCAUUUCGAUCAAAACUAUGCCAAAAGAUAUCGCGAACAAUGCAGUC